AUGUCGUGGCUGUUCGGCCUGAACCGGGGCUCUCCCCCCGUGGCGGGGGACGGAGGCCCGGGCGGGGCAGGCCUGGCCCUGCCGCCCCCUCCCUCCGCCGGCGGCCCCGCAGCGGGGGACGGAGCCGGGGACCGGCACGCGCCCAAGGACAAAUGGAGCAACUUUGACCCCACUGGGCUGGAGCGGGCGGCCAAGGCGGCCAGGGAGCUGGAGGCCUCCCGCCAUGCAAAAGAUGCUCUUAGUCUUGCUCAGCUGCAGGAACAGACAUUGCAAAUGGAGCAGCAGUCCAAAAUUAAGGAAUAUGAGGCAGCCAUUGAACAGCUGAAGAAUGAACAGAUCCGGGUACAAGCAGAUGAGAGAAGAAAGACACUAAGUGAAGAAACCAGGCAGCAUCAAGCAAGGGCCCAAUAUCAGGACAAGCUGGCAAGGCAGCGCUAUGAAGAGCAGCUGCGGCAGCAGCAACUCCUUAAUGAAGAGAACUUGAGGAAGCAGGAGGAAUCUGUGCAGAAGCAGGAAGCAAUGAGGCGAGCCACUGUGGAGCGGGAGAUGGAGUUGCGACACAAGAAUGAGAUGCUGCGCAUCGAAGCAGAAGUGCGAGCCCGUGCAAAGGCUGAGCGCGAGAACGCAGACCUCAUUCGAGAGCAGAUCCGCCUGAAAGCUGCUGAGCAUCGCCAGACAGUGUUAGAUUCCCUCAAGACAGCGGGUACGUUGUUUGGAGAAGGAUUUCGUGCCUUUGUAACAGAUUGGGAUAAAGUUACAGCCACGGUGGCAGGUCUGACUCUGCUGGCAGUGGGGAUAUACACUGCCAAGAACGCUACUGGGGUUGCAGGGCGGUACAUAGAAGCUCGUCUGGGCAAACCCUCCCUGGUGAGAGAGACCUCGCGCAUUACUGUGCUGGAGGCACUCAAGCAUCCCAUCAAGGUUGGCAAGCGUCUUACCAGCAAGGCUCAAGAUGCUCUUGAAGGAGUUGUUCUCAGCCCCAAGCUGGAGGAGCGUGUGAGAGACAUUGCCAUAGCAACAAGAAAUACAAGAAAGAACAAAAGUUUGUACAGGAAUAUCCUUAUGUAUGGUCCGCCUGGUACUGGGAAGACUCUCUUUGCCAAGAAAUUAGCCAUGCAUUCAGGCAUGGAUUAUGCCAUCAUGACAGGUGGCGAUGUCGCCCCUAUGGGGCGGGAAGGAGUUACUGCCAUGCACAAAGUCUUUGACUGGGCUAACACGAGUAGGAGAGGUCUCCUGCUGUUUGUAGAUGAAGCCGAUGCAUUCUUACGGAAGAGGGCGACAGAGAAAAUCAGUGAAGACCUAAGAGCGACAUUGAAUGCGUUUCUGCACAGGACGGGACAGCACAGCAACAAGUUUAUGCUUGUUUUAGCAAGUAACCAGCCGGAGCAGUUUGACUGGGCCAUCAAUGACCGAAUUGAUGAAAUGGUGAACUUUGACCUACCGCAGCUACAAGAGCGGGAGCGUCUGGUGAGGAUGUAUUUUGAUAAGCACGUCUUGAAGCCUGCCACAGAGGGGAAACAGCGUCUAAAGCUGGCCCAGUUUGACUACGGGGAAAAGUGUUCUGAGAUUGCCAAGCUGACAGAGGGCAUGUCUGGCCGAGAGAUUUCCCAGCUUGCUGUGGCAUGGCAGGCCGCAGCCUAUGCAUCCGAGGACGGCGUCCUGACCGAGGCCAUGAUCGACGCCCGUGUGGCCGACGCGGUGCAGCAGCACAAGCAGAAGAUGGAGUGGCUGAAAGCAGAGGGCACAGAGCCGAGCAGAGAGGCUGGCAAAAGCCAACGGCUGCCUCUCCCCAUAGGGACGGCUGUCUGAGAAACCGCAGACUGGUGUGCGUGGGGAGGGUGGCGGGGAAUGCCACUGGAGAGUCGGUUGGCCGGCCGUGUGGGUGGAAUCAUGUGCUGGAGAUGGGUGCCCAGUGGUGCCAGCCGUGCAGAGAUAGGAGCUGCCCAGGCCUGCCCUCUCAAUUUUAUACUUUUAGGGAACACCAGAAAUAAAUAUCUUUUAAAGCA